AUGUCUGCAUACCACGUCAUUGAGCCGCACCCUUCUGUGCCAAACACUCGCCGCCCAGCCCUGCACACGUCUCGCGGCGGUGCCGGCAAUGUCAUCUCGCUGCGCCAUACCAAAACCACCGAAUCCCAGACUGCCACUGGCCCUGCAUCGCUGACUCGUCUGGACUCCAGCGCUCCAGCAACCUUCAAGUCUGGCCGCGGCGGUGCCGGCAAUGUUCACAGCAGCAGUGAACGCGCCAUCUUCAGCUUCGACGAAGAACUAGAGCGCGAAAUGCGCCGCGAAAAGGAUAUUGCUCCUGUUUUCCAUGUCGGCCGCGGCGGUGCCGGCAAUUUGGUCCUCCACGGCGAUAGAUCCCCGAACGCCCUGGAGCGCAGGGAGUCUAGCACCAGCUCUUCCAGCAACGAGUCCUUGGCUGAUCGUGCAAAGGACAAAGCUCGUCACAGCUUGGAGCGCACCUGGAGCCGGAUCACUGGCCUCCAAUAG